AUGAGGUGGCAAAUCGUGUUGCUUCUAGUGUCAGUGGCACUCGCUUCCGGUGAGAAGAAACUCGAGAAAAGGCCCACCAAGAAAGCCCACUCGCUAAAGCCGACCAAAACGCCCAAAUCCAUCCUCGAGGAGUUCACCGCCCUGCCACCAGCCGAUGUAGACUUCAUCAAGGAGCUGGACCGCCAGUUCCGCGAGCACGGCAACAAGAUCCGCAUCAAGGUGGAACGCAGCAAUGCCACGGACGGCAAGAACAUCAAGCGCACGAUUGAGGGUGAUCUGGGAUACGGUCACUACAGCAAUCAGGCCGAUACGGGGUAUCAUUUUUCCAAGCCGAAAUACAUGAUCUACCCAUACUCGCAGCACGACAUUCCGCCGGUCCGAUCGACGCACAGUACCCACGAAACGGUGACGGAUAUUGAAAUAACGCCAUCGCACAGCUACGAGCUGAAACCGAUCGAGGAAGUGUAUCAGGUUUACCCGACGCAGCAAUACUCGCAGGAACAGCAACAGUACUACCACCACCAGCACCAGUCAGCGCAGCAACCGAAGCAGCUGUUUCACCAGGAGGACGAUACGCCUGUAAUUGUGCUUAAAAUCCCCGGUCCUUCCAAGUAUGCCGCGCAUUUGCAGGCCCUGCUGCAGCAGUAUCUCGAGAUACGUGCUGCUCAGUUGUACAAAGAACUGGAGGAACACGAAUAUCAACAGCAACAGCAGUAUCAACAGCAUCACCACCAUCAACAGCAGCAGGCGCUUCAGCAUCAACAGCACUACGUACAGGAGCAGGAGGUACACGCCCAUCAUCAGCAGCCCCAACAGCAGGAGAUACAGCAGCACCAUGAACAUCACACAAAAACGAAAUACAGUCAACCGGAUCCGGUGUACCCAACGGAAAUAGCAUACGUUCCAAUGAUUCGCACUAACCAAAACACUUACGUACCGUUGCCGGAGCAGUACUAUGGUGCUCCGAAGGCUCCAUCUCCACGCCCAACGAAGCACCGCAAAACGACCGUCACUCCGACGCACGUAACGUUCCACAGUACGGCGCAACCUGAGCCAGCCUAUCACUACCAGACGUACCAUCCAGAGCAUCAGCAGCACGCUCAAGUUCACGAAGAAGCGCACGCCCCCGAGCAUCAGCAGAUCCAGUACCAGUACGUUGCACAGCAGCCCACCGCGCAUGGGGACGAUCACGAAACGCAAUACGUCUACGAGAAGCCAUCGGUCAACUUCGUCACUCCACUGCCCGAAAUGGCUCACCACGAAGAUCAUUAUCAGCAGCAGCAGCAGCAGCACCACCACCAUCACCAUCAACCUGCCCAGAAGUAUCCAAACUUUGCCGAGUACCACCAUCACCAUCGGCCACAGCAGCAACAGGAAGAAGAGUACCUGCCCGAGCCGAAGCUGGUCGAGAACUAUCCGAGCCACAAACAUACGCGCGUCAUCUACAAGAGUCCCUCGCUAAAGACGGAACUGCAGCAAGAAGCCUUACAGCACGAUCACUAUCACCAUCAGCAGCAACAGGAAGUCGCCCAUCAUCAACAACAUCACCAGCAGCAACAGUACAUCCUGCAGGAGGUGUAUCCAUCGCAGGCUUCCUACUUCGAGGACAAGUCGUUUGUUGAAUCGGCCGGGCCCCAGGUAACGACGGAUCGGAGUGAAACGGCAUCGCCGCACUACAACACCGAGCAGGUGGUGGCGAUCACACAGAAACCCAAGCGCCUGUACAACUAUCACGCACACAGCUCCGGCCAUCACGGAUCGGGGUCGCGCGGUUCUCGCAUGGCGGCCGGUGGCAGUCGUUCGAGAGCUAGUGGAUCUAGCAGUAGCGGAAAAGCUUCCAGCAAGCGGGAUGCAGUCGCUGCUCCCGCACCGUACACCGAGGAGGAGUUCCGGAAGGUGAACAAGAUGGUGCAACGCAUGAAGAAGAAGAGCCGCACUACGCCGGCGGAUGAUGCCGGCAUGAUGACCGUCACCGCAAAUCCCACUAGUCCGAGUCCGCGGAUGGUCGCCUAG